AUGGUUUUGGUUUCUGGGCAAUGUCAGAGCAGUCAGCAAUCGUUGUUACUCCAAAUGAAGAACAGCCUCGUGUUCAAUUCUACUUCAUCUGUAAAUCUGGCGCAGUGGGAUCAAAACACAGAUUGUUGUAAUUGGAGUGGUGUGGAUUGUGAUGAGGCUGGACAUGUUAUUAGUCUCAACUUGAGCAAUGAAUCAGUCUCCGGUGGAAUUGAGAAUGCGACUGGUCUAUUCGCUCUUCAGAAUCUGAGUAGCCUAAAUUUGGCUUAUAAUAGAUUCAAUGCAAUUCAAAUUCCGUCCAGGUUGGCCAAUCUCACAAACUUGACUUAUCUGAAUCUUUCUAAUGCUGGCUUCGCAGGACAGAUUCCCAGUUCGAUUUCAGGCAUGACAAAGUUGGUUACACUUGAUUUGUCAAGUCUUACCUUCGUGGGAGAUUCUCUCUUGAAACUCGAGAACCCAAACUUAAGAGUGCUGGUUCAAAAUCUCACAGAGCUCAGAGAACUGUAUCUUGAUGGUGUAAAUAUAUCAGCCUCUGGAAAGAAAUGGUGCCCAGCAUUAUCAUUUUCGCUGCCUAAUCUGAGUGUUUUGAGCUUAUCCUUCUGUUUUCUUUCAGGCCCUAUAGAUUCUUCCCUCACAAAUCUGCGUUCACUCUCAGCAAUUAAUUUGGACAGUAAUAACCUUUCGUUCCCGGUUCCAGAAUUUUUGGCUGAUUUCCUCAAUUUGACCUCUUUGAGUCUCAGUAAUUGCGGCUUGUAUGGAGCAGUUCCAGAGAAAUUAUUCCAGAUAACAACACUAGAGACUCUCGACUUAUCAUAUAACGAGUUUCUUCAGGGUUUUUUGCCAGACUUUCCUCAGAAUCUUUCUCUUCAGUCCCUGGUGCUCCAUGACACAAAUUUCUCAGGGACACUACCAGAUUCCGUAGGCAACCUCAAAAAUCUGUCGAUCAUAGAUCUUGCGUUUUGCAAUUUCAAUGGAUCACUUCCCACUUCAAUGGCUAAUCUCAACCAACUAUUCCAUUUAGACUUGUGCCAUAACAAGUUCUCUGGUCCACUUCCAUCUUUUCACAUGUCCAAAAAACUCAGCUAUCUAGACCUCAGUUUUAAUUUUUUGACCGGCGAGUUCUUAUUCACAGAUCGUGGAAAGUUUUUCAAUCUUUUUUAUGUUGACCUAAGGCACAACUCACUCGAUGGAAGAAUCCCCCCAUCUCUGUUUGCGCUGCCAUCACUGCAAAAUCUUCAGCUGGCCAACAACCGAUUUGAGGGCCAAAUUCCAGAAUUUUCAGUUGCAUCUUCCUCUCUACUUAAAACCCUUGAUUUAAGUGGCAAUAGAUUAGAAGGGCCUAUUCCUGUGUCAAUUUUUGAACUUAAAAGCCUUCAUGUCCUCUUACUUUCUUCCAACAAGUUAAAUGGCACUGUACAGCAAGAUAUGCUUCAAAAGCUUGGUAAUCUAACUAGCCUUGAUCUUUCGUACAACAGCUUGGCAGUAAAUGCUAGUAGUAGCGGUUCUUUCCUUCCCCAGAUUAGCACAUUGAAAUUGGCCUCUUGCAAACUGAACGUAAUUCCUAAUCUAAGGAACCAAUCGAACUUGUAUCAGUUAGAUCUUUCCGACAACAAAAUUUCCGGGGAAAUACCUAACUGGAUUUGGGAAGUUGGUAAUGGGAAACUCAUCCAUCUAAAUCUCUCAUAUAAUUUCCUGGUGGGUCUGCAAGAACCUUAUUCUGUUUCUGACCUGAGUGCUCUUGACUUACAUUCCAACCUUCUUCAAGGAAAGAUACCAAAACUGCCACCAAAUGCUAUGUAUGUGGAUUACUCAAAUAACUCUUUCACUUCAAUUCCAGCUGACAUCGGAUACCGCCGUGUUUAA